GAGCAUCCACUCGGACGGCCCAAGGGGGUCCUCUCGACUUCCCGGCCUCGGCCGGGCUCCGCUCCUCCGGCGCACGAGGAGGGGCCGUGGCUGUGGUGGCGACAGUGCCCGGCAUGUAUCAGAGCCCGCGGCGGCUCUGCUCCGCCCUGCUGCAGAGGGACGCGCCCGGCCUGCGCCGCCUGUCCACUCCCAGGCUGCGCCGCCAGUCGUCCCCGCCGGCGGCCGCUCCCCGUCCAGCGUCUCCCCGGUUUCUGGCGGCGGUCUCGGCGGCCUCGGGCGCCGCGAGGUCGUGUUCUGGAACAGUGUAUUCCAUGGGAAACGGUCCAAGCAGACUCUAUAGUGCUCUUGCCAAGACACUGAACAGCAGCGCUGCCUCCCAGCACCCAGAGUAUUUGGUAUCACCUGACUCAGAACAUCUGGAACCCAUUGAUCCUAAAGAGCUCCUUGAGGAAUGCAGGGCUGUUCUGCACACCCGACCUCCCCGGUUCCAGAGGGACUUUGUGAAUCUGAGGACAGAUUGCCCCAGUAGUCACCCACCUAUUAGGGUCAUGCAGUGGAACAUCCUCGCCCAAGCUCUAGGAGAAGGCAAAGACAACUUUGUACAAUGCCCUGUUGAAGCACUCAAGUGGGAAGAGAGGAAAUGUCUCAUCUUAGAAGAAAUUCUAGCCUACCAGCCUGAUAUAUUGUGUCUCCAAGAGGUGGACCACUAUUUUGACACUUUCCAACCACUCCUCAGUAGACUGGGCUACCAAGGCACUUUUUUCCCCAAGCCCUGGUCACCCUGUCUAGACGUAGAACACAACAAUGGGCCAGAUGGCUGUGCCUUGUUUUUUCUCCAAAACCGGUUCAAGCUAGUUAACAGUGCCAAUAUCAGGCUGACAGCCAUGACACUGAAAACCAACCAAGUGGCCAUUGCACAGACCUUAGAGUGCAGAGAGUCAGGUCGCCAGUUCUGUAUCGCUGUCACCCACUUAAAAGCACGCACUGGCUGGGAGCGGUUUCGAUCUGCUCAAGGCUGUGACCUUCUCCAGAACCUACAGAACAUCACUAAAGGAGCCAAGAUUCCCCUUAUUAUUUGUGGGGACUUCAAUGCAGAGCCAACAGAGGAGGUCUACAAACACUUUGCUUCUUCCAGCCUCAACCUAAACAGCGCCUACAAGCUGCUGAGUGCUGAUGGGCAGUCCGAGCCUCCUUAUACUACCUGGAAGAUCCGGACCUCGGGGGAGUGCCGGCACACCCUGGAUUAUAUCUGGUAUUCUAAAUAUGCUCUAAAUGUGAGGUCAGCUCUUGAUUUGCUGACUGAAGAACAGAUUGGACCCAACCGACUACCAUCUUUCAAUUAUCCUUCAGACCACCUGUCUCUAGUGUGUGACUUCAGCUUUACUGAGGGACCGGAAGGACUUUUAUAAGUACUUGUCUCUUUGUAAUCACAAGAGUCU